AUGACAAACAAAAUUCCAAUCAGGAGACAAAAGAUAACACCGGCAAUGCUGUCGCGCAAUCCAUCUACCAGCCAGUCAGGCGAGAUGACAAAUAGGAUAAAGCGAGAAACUGCAGUGCAUAAGCAGAAAGUUUUUUUUGUGGCACAAACAAUGAAUUCUCCAACGCUAUUCAAUGCACUCACUUAUCAAAUAAGAAGAACAACCAAAAAGUGA